CUAAUUGGCAUUGAAAAGUAUAGAUAGAGAGCACAAAAGUGAAAUCAGACCAACCACCUGGUCCUCUUGUAACACUUGGCCGGAAUCAAUUCCGGCCAGCAUCAAGAAGAGUCUUUUUUUUUUUUUUGGGGAAGACCACUUUUAAAGAUCGAUCAAUUUAUAUAUAUGGAUCCAAACAAGAAGGAUGUUAAAGGUAAAUAUGAGUCAAGUGGUAGUAUGUACUGGACAAAUGAAAGACAUGUUCAUUACUUGAAUUCCAUUGAAGCUUCGUUUGUUAGAGCCAUGUUGGAGAAUAACAACGCCCCACUUCUUCCACUGGACCGCCAUUUGCCGGAUAGUACAGAUUCAACCCUUGAUACACCUAAACAAAGACGACGCAGAUUUUCUACUUCUGAUAUCAACAUGAGCAGCGGAAGCAGAAUAGACAUUGAGAAGAAAACUAGAAGACUGUCAUCCCAAUCAUCCGAUAUUUCCUCACAAGAUCAGGUGGUCCCACAAUAUAAGCAGAGAAGAGGAGAUGAGGAUGCUGGAGGUCACCCUGAUGUUCCUCUCUCACUUAGGCUGCAAAAUGAGCAACUAUUUUAAUUUAUCCGAUCCCUUGAGUUUUUUUCUUCUUCUUUACUUUAAAUUUUCAUCUUUUGUUUAAUGUAUGCUGUGAAUAGAAGGUGUUGGUCUUUACCUUUCA